AGCCCCUCCUUGUGUGAUGUCGCAUUCACGACAACUUGGGAACUUUUAACUCGGAAAUCCCCAACAUGCGAAUGUCAUGGCAACUGGGAACUCGGACAAAAAACAAGUUACGACUGGGAAAAGUAGUUUUUUAACGGUCAUCCAACUCGGAAAGUCUGGUAUUCCUUGAGCUCCAACUUUCCUACCUAAAGAUCACCGAAGUCACGAUAUUACCUCGUUUUUUUCAGAGAACUCAGUAGUCUUGAACGCACCAUAACUAUUAUCGGAAAGUCGGUGAUUGUGAGUGUGCACUCUGGUGUCUUGAGUUUUUGUGUUUUCUUAAUUUAAGUCCGUUUGUGUUUUAACCUUACGCCGUAACGUGUUGAAAUAUAAUUUCGCAGUUAGUGCCAUAGUUGUUAAUUAACCUACACAAUUUGAAACGGUUUGAAAUCUGUUUGAAUCUACCUGGAAUAGGCGGACGGACCACCGAGAUGGAUUUCAGCUAACGUUAGCUUAGCCUAAAGCAGCUAACUAACCGGGCUAAUUUAUUUAGCCACUUCAACCUGGACUAUAACGUUGUCGUGAACACUAUUUGUUUAUAGCGGACUUGUUUUCAAACUCGCUGUCCUUUUUUUUUGUUGUUGUUGAGGAUCCAACUUCACUUUCGGAGGCCAACUACCUACCUGUAACCCAGGAAGGAGAGACCGACAGAGAGAGAAGGAAAGUGCUGUCAUUGUCUGGUUGAGCUGACCCAAUAUGUUGUCCAACACCGGGACCCAGCCUCUGUUCCCCCCGACCCAGGGCCCAGCUACCCCGGCGGGCCAACCUAACCCGCCCCCUUCGGGUCACCUCUCACAGUUUCAUGUGAAACCGACCCUACAGAUCAAGAAGAACGCAAUAACGGACGAGUACAAAGUGACCAGUCAGGUACUGGGACACGGCAUCAACGGAAGGGUGCUGGAGAUCUUCCACAAGAAAAGCGGAGACAAAUACGCCCUCAAGAUGCUGCAGGACUGUGCGAAGGCUCGGAGGGAGGUGGAUCUUCACUGUAGGGCGUCGCCCUGUUCCACCAUCGUGCGCAUUGUGGACGUCUUUGAAAACCUCUACCAGGGCAGGAAGUGUCUGCUCAUAGUCAUGGAAUGCAUGGAUGGGGGAGAGCUGUUCAGUCGUAUCCAGGACAGAGGGGACCAGGCCUUCACAGAGAGAGAGGCCUCUGAUAUCAUGAAGAGUAUAGGAGAGGCCAUUCAGUUCCUUCAUGCCAUCAACAUCGCUCACAGAGAUGUCAAGCCAGAGAACCUACUGUAUUUAUCUAAGAGGCCUAAUGCGCUGCUGAAACUGACAGACUUUGGUUUUGCUAAAGAGACCACCACACACAACUCACUGGUCACCCCUUGCUACACACCAUACUACGUUGCUCCAGAGGUGUUGGGACCAGAGAAGUAUGAUAAGUCAUGUGACAUGUGGUCGCUAGGUGUCAUCAUGUACAUCCUGUUAUGUGGUUAUCCACCGUUCUACUCUAACCAUGGUCUGGCCAUCUCUCCUGGGAUGAAGAAGAGAAUCAGGAUGGGACAGUAUGAGUUUCCUAGCCCAGAGUGGUCCGACGUAUCAGAGGAGGCCAAGCAGCUCAUCAGAACCCUGCUGAAGACCGAGCCCACGCAGAGGAUGACCAUCACCGAGUUCAUGAACCAUCCAUGGAUCAACUCGAUGGAGGUUCCCCAGAUUCCUCUCCACACCAGGCGAGUUCUGAUCGAGGACAGAGAUGCUUGGGAGGACCUCAGGGAGGAGAUGAAUAGCGCCUUAGCGACCAUGAGAGUGGACUAUGAGCAAGUCAAAAUCAAGACCAUUGAGGAGUCCUCCAAUCCCCUUCUGAUGAAGAGGAGGAAGAAAUUACAGCCCUCAGCCAAUCACAUGGUCCCAGACACACAGAGACCUGCCCUAUGAGACAUAUAUAUAUACACACACACACACACACACACACACACACACAGGGAUACACCCACUCAUACAAGUGUUGUAAAACAGAAGCAAUAAGGGUUAUCGACUCACUGGGGAGUGCAUGGAUUUUCUUAAAGCAUAGAAGUGUAUUUUUCAUGACCAGUUUUAAUGUUUUUAAAAAGCAUUUAUUUUGAUUAAUCAAUGUUUUUUACCUAAUCUGCUACGUUCACCUUUUAAAACAACCAAGAGAUUAUGAGAAGAGAGGAGAGGUACGUAUGAGUCCAUGGGUUUUUCCACAUGACUAAAUCAAUCCAAACAGACUUCCUUGUAUCAGUUAGUGAUAGAUUAACAAACCGUGUGUGUUAUUGAAAUGGCUUGUGGGAAUGUAAACACACACUUACACAUCGAGGUCUGUGACGUCACGGCCCGGCCACGUCCCAUUCAGAGACCUAUGAAGUCUCCCCCCCCGGCCACGUCCCAUUCAGAGACAUAUGAAGUCACGGCCCGGCCACGUCCCAUUCAGAGACAUAUGAAGUCGUCGUCCCCGGCCACGUCCCAUUCAGAGACAUAUGAAGUCGUCGUCCCCGGCCACGUCCCAUUCAGAGACAUAUGAAGUCACGGCCCGGCCACGUCCCAUUCAGAGACCUGUGACGUCACGGCCCGGCCACGUCCCAUUCAGAGACCUGUGACGUCACGGCCCGGCCACGUCCCAUUCAGAGACCUGUGACGUCACGGCCCGGCCACGUCCCAUUCAGAGACCUGUGACGUCACGGCCCGGCCACGUCCCAUUCAGAGACAUAUGAAGUCACGGCCCGGCCACGUCCCAUUCAGAGACAUAUGAAGUCGUCGUCCCCGGCCACGUCCCAUUGAGACAUAUGAAGUCACGGCCCGGCCACGUCCCAUUCAGAGACCUAUGAAGUCUCCCCCCCGGCCACGUCCCAUUCAGAGACCUGUGACGUCACGGCCCGGCCACGUCCCAUUCAGAGACCUGUGACGUCACGGCCCGGCCACGUCCCAUUCAGAGACCUGUGACGUCACGGCCCGGCCACGUCCCAUUCAGAGACCUGUGACGUCACGGCCCGGCCACGUCCCAUUCAGAGACCUGUGACGUCCCCCCCCUGCCACGUCCAAUUCAGAGACAUAUGAAGUCACGCCCGGCCACGUCCCAUUCAGAGACCUGUGUGGUCUACCCCCUGCCACGUCCCAUUCAGAGACCUGUGUAGUCACGUCCCAUUCAGAGACAUAUGAAGUCACGCCCCCGGCCACAUCCCAUUCAGAGACCUAUGAAGUCACGCCCCUGGCCCGUCCCAUUCAGAGACCUAUGAAGUCUCCCCCCCCGGCCACAUCCCAUUCAGAGGCCACAUCCCAUUCAGAGACCUAUGAAGUCACGCCCCGGCCACAUCCCAUUCAGAGACCUAUGAAGUCUCCCCCCGGCCACGUCAAUUCAGAGACCUGUGACGUCACGGCCCGGCCACGUCCCAUUCAGAGACCUGUGACGUCACCCCCGGCCACGUCCCAUUCAGAGACAUAUGAAGUCACGCCCGGCCACG